AUGACGCGCAGGACUGAUCAGAUCUCGUUCUUCCCUAAUGCAGACGCAAGUAUCCUGACGUCAAAGCAUGCACCCCCACUAUCUCGCCCGCAGACCGUUGGCCCCAUACUUGAUCCGGAAAACCUUGAUAGGCCGAUCAGCCCCUGGCCUUCAGACAUCGAAACCGCAUUCUACCCUAAAUCGGAGCCUUAUCAACCCUCUUUGAUCCCGGAAAAGACGAUUUGCCCUGAUCGAUACCUGCGUGCCUUCCUUGCCGAGAAUGAGAGACUCAGACUCUCCGUACUCUGGUACUAUACUCGCGAUAUUCUCCAAGAAGAUGAGUUCCUCUCCGGGCUUCAGGAGAAAGCACACUUUGCCCAAGAAUCCACCGGAUGGGAGUUUGCAGUCAUUGGCAUUCUUGAUGUCAACGUCUAUAUUCGCUUGGCCACAGUAGGGCUUGAGCUAGGCAUCCUUCCCCGUGGCGAAACUAUCUGCGCGCAUACCGUUACUCAACCCCCCGGUAACGUAUUCCUAUUACCAAGUCUUAUGGAGGACUGGAGAUUCCAAGAGUGCCCUUAUCUUGAGCGUGGUGGCCUACGAGCGUACGCCGGUGUUCCACUUCGUUUACAAACUGAAUCCGGUGAUUGUGUUAGUCUUGGAUCACUUUGUGUGGCCUCGAGCAAGGCCGAAGAGCCCUUGACCAAAGCCCAGCAUCAUGCGCUUGUUCGCUUAGGCGACUGGGUUGUCUCUGAUCUUGUUCAAUGUGCGAGAGCAAGACGUCAGCGAGAGCGUCGUCGAAUGUCCGAACUCCUCGCCAAGGCACAGAAGGAAACAAAUGAUGCGGUGUCUGUAGAACCAGUCUUCAAGGUUCUGAGAACUACGUAUCCGGAUGCAAUAGUCCGCAUGCACACAUCUCGAACAACCCAUGUUGAAUUUGAGGGAUGCAACUCAAUCCCGGUCUCUGAACUCAAAAACGGGUUAUGGGAAGACGUCAAAUUGCUUGAUGACUUCAUUGGGAAUUCAAAUCACCUCGCUCCUCCGUCCACUAGACCAGUACGCAUCGCUGCUGCCCCAUGUGAAAGCCCGUCGGGAGAAUCCUUACUUAUUGUGGCAUCCAAAGAUUUCCACCUUGUCUUUGACGAUGUCGAUAUAUGGUUUAUUCAGGCGUGUGCGGGUAUCCUCUCCCAGAUGUGGCGUCAGAGCCUUUUGGCAGAAGCAAUGAAAGCAAAGGAAAAGUUUUUCCGAGUAUUUUCUCAUCAACUCCGAACCCCAAUCCAUGGCAUCCUUGGUUCUGUCGAACUUAUGGCUGAGGAACUCAUGUCGUGGGAUUCGACCGAGAACACCACGGCCAGCACAGCACUGCAAAAUACCACGGCAAUUAGUUUGCGCGAGCCCUUCACAUACCUCAACAUAAUCAAGUCAGCAGGACGAGACCUCACUUCGAUCAUUAACAAUCUGAUUACACUCAACAAAUGGUCUGAUAUUGCAGCUACUGACCGGCAUUAUGCUAUGCAUACUUUAGACGAGCUAGAGACAGAGAUAGGAAAGGAAAUCGUCAAGCUGACAUCGGGGGACACACGAUACAAUUCCUCGGUGUAUUUUACUCAAAAUUUGCCACCCAGUUGCGUGGACUUUUGCACCGACCUUUUGGUGCUUCGAGAGACCCUGAUUCCAUUAGUGAUCAAUGCGGUCCAACACACGCCACAAGGCGUUGUAUUGAUUACAGCGUCGAUGCACUCAGACGGCACACUUAUUGUCGAUAUUGAGGACAAUGGCCGUGGUAUUCAACGCGAUCAUCAUCGGCGCAUUUUUGAAGCGUACGAGAAGGUUGAUAUUCACUCAACGGGCGCUGGACUGGGCCUUACAAUCGCUUCUAAAUUCGCUUCACUCAUCCACGGCUCGAUUGAUUUAAUUUCGUCGGAGAUUGGUCAUGCCUCUCAUUUCAGAGCUACAUUCCGGGAAAUUGAGUGCGGUUGCUUGCCUCCGCCGCAACCUCUGGCUGUGAAGCUCAAUAUUUUACCCUCCAGGUUUUUCAAGAUGAGGGCUGGCCCUGGCUCUGUAUUACUGGGUGAUCAUGUCGAGACUUUCCUCAUUCGUAACGGCUUUACCCUCUCGGACCGGAUAGAAGACUGCUUUGUCAUCCUUGAAGCUGUGCCAGACCUUGAGCAGCACCAGGCAUGUCUGUCUCAGAUUCCAUCUGGACAAGUAGCCAUCUGCCUUGUUUCGAUACCAGAAGAGAAUUCUUACCUCGAACGGAGUGCUGAUAAUGUUGUCUAUGUCAGCGGGCCUUUUUUGACUUCAACCUUGAAUUCGGCACUUGAGAGAGCACAAAAUAUUCUCAUGGUGAAAGCCUCUCAACCUUGCCUGCCACAACCCAAAGCCAUCAGUCAGCCGUCCCUCGCACCCUUAUCAAAGUCCCAGCACUCAGGUACAGGAGAAGAGGCUGCAAUAGAUUCACUUACGGUCGAAUCGAACGAGCCUAGUUCGAACGAAACUGUACCACCAGCAUCUCACUCAGACAUAUCAGUGUCUCUGGCUCUCAACUUAACCACUGCCUUAGACUUUUCAAGUUCAAGUUCCUCUCAGCCGGUUACCUUGAUCGUCGAUGAUAAUCCAGUCAAUCUCCGCAUUAUGGAAAUUUAUUGCAAGAAACGAGGAUUAGCGUAUCUUUCUGCAACUGACGGCUUGCAAGCCGUUGAGAUGUUCACUCAGUACCAAUCACGACCCGCCGCAGACGAAACCUCUUCAAUCCAAUUAAUCUUUAUGGACCUGCAAAUGCCAGUAUGCGGUGGAAUUGAAGCCACCCAAAUGAUACGAUCACUGGAGCUGCAGAACGAAUGGAGGAGAAGCUGCUUAUUUGUUUUGACCGGGCAAGAUAGUCCGGCGGACAGAAAGGAUGCCGAAGCGACUGGAGCUGACGAAUUCUUCGUGAAGCCUGUUUCAAUUAAGCAACUUGAUCGCGUUGUGAAACGAUAUUUUCCAGCUUUCAGUAAACACGGCUAG